AUGGCUGUUGUGGUUGUGGUCGAUGGUAUUACAAGUACAGGUAGCGCCGUCUUUGCGUACGGUCUACCAUCCAUCACUAGCUUUACACAAAAUACCGCCAAGAUUACCAUUAAUGGAUUAAACUUUGGUAGUGUAGUGUCGGAUAUCACCGUGACAUUGGUGACAGAGACACUGACCGGGUGUGUGCUGACUCUGGCCAAUGCAAGGGUCGAGUGUAAUCUAACACCCACCUCUCAGAGUGGAGGUGUCACUAUCAAGGUCAAGACACAGUUGUCGGGUGCCUAUGUGGUCAGCUUGAAACCUACUCUUACCACCGUGACGGCACAGUCGUCGCUCGGUGGUGUCAUCUCGAUCCAGGGCAGCAACCUCGGUAUAAGCGACGUGGUUGGCACGAAUGUGACCAUCACUGUGGGCGGUACCCAGUGCCAAGACGCAACUUCGACAUCGGCAGGCAUUGCCACAUGCAACGUGUCGGCUCUCCAAGCAUCCUUAUCAACCAUCCCACAGAUCAUAGUCUAUAUAAACGGAUUCCAAAGCUACAAUCAAAUCGCCUACAAGUACACAGCACCAGUUUUUACGGUCGCGCAGGAUGGCAAUACAGUCGUGGUAAGUGGAGUGAGUUUGGGAUUGGUCAGUCCGCAAGUUGUGCUUGUUGGGUUGAAACUAACAUGCACCUAUAUUACCCUGCACAGUAAAGUGCGAUGCACGCUCCCAACCGAUGCAAAGAAUGGUGAUUUGUACUUUGCAGUCAAUGGAUUCAACGUGUCUAGUCCGACAAUACUAACACCUGUCCUCAAGUCAAUCAGUGGUACUCCCACACAGGGUGGGUACGCCACCAUCAAUGGAUACUAUUUUGGCAGUGUUGUAGAUGGUGCUGUCACGACUGCCACCGUGGGCAGCAUGGAUUGCACGGAUGUAGAGCCUGUGCAGACGGUACUAGUCAACGGCAUACGUUGUGUGGUCGCGUCGGCACUACCACCCAACUCGGGUAUCAAUGUGACGGUCGCCGACUUGAUCAGCACGAAUCCCGAAAAUGUAAUGUUUAACUACCUCGCACCGGUGAUACAUUCGAUUACAAUGCUGCCAACCGACAAUAUAUUAACAGUGGCCGGUGACAAUUUCGGUCUGCUGUCUAUCGGCGAUGAUAUAGAGUUGACGGCCACUGAAACAGUGCGUCAGUGCAUGCAAGAGGACGGUAUCGAGUCGCCUGUCUACUGCACGAUCGAUCCGCUGACUCAACUCAACGGCGAUGUUUUAUUGACACGUAACUUUAUGUCGUCGGUGCCAUUUACACUGGCACUCGUACCAGCCGUGCAGUCGGCGACUGCUGUGCCCUACUUGGGUGGCCAAAUUACGCUCAAGGGAGGGUACCUCAACACCAAGCGUUACGACGGCAGUGACACUGACCUCACUCUAUCUGCCACGUUUGGCGGUACCGGCGAGCCAACCCUAGCCAGCAACUGCAUCCAACUAGUCAAUGAGACGAGUAUAGAGUGCUCACUCCAAGGUGGUGCGCAUGGUAAAUCCAACCUACUCCAAAUCAGCAUCGAUGGCAAGACAUCAAUUCCCAUCAAGUUCCAAGGUGUGCCACCUAUUGUCAAAGAAGCAACAAGUGUGUUGUAUCGAAAGGGUGGUAAUGUCACCAUCAAAGGUUACAACUUUGUUGAACCUCUCUCUGUCAACAUUGGUCUAGAAACUUGUUUCAAUAUCACAUAUAUCGACUCUACUCAAAUCACUUGCAAGUUUUCUGGACAGGCACGUAGAACUGAUCCAGGUAUCGGUCUAUUUACCGAAGUAAUUAGCGACGGGCUUGUAGGUGGUGCCAACGUCUUUUUCUACAGCGAUGAUAUACCGUGUGGAGGAUCUCCACCGUGCUCGGGUCAUGGUGUGUGUUUGUCGGGUGGCAGUUGCCAGUGUAAUAGUGGUUAUGUCGGGCUCAUAUGCGACCAGUCUUCGACGUCGACCAACAAUGGAGGUAGACCGACCGGCGAUCAAAGCAAUGCCGACUUUUCAGGCUUUUCCGUCUUCUUUACGCAUAUUCGAGAGUUGGAUAUCAACGACGUCCCCAUUGUCACGUAUCCCGUGUCAGAUAUCGUAUGGAAGGUCGUCUCCAACACCACCAACCAGAUGAUAUCGGUUGGCAAACUCGAGUACGAACCCAACUUUAACAUCAGUGUCACGACUACCAUCUUCCCCGACGAGACAGUCAUUACCUUUGCCGGUGAGGAACUGGUCAUGGCCAAGAACUCACUCAAGUACCAACUCGAUCUUGCACACUGGUUCUUUAGAACGAGUGUGAGCAGACUUCAACUCUUGUACGAACUCAACACACCACCAGGUGACAAUUGCGAUGAAAACGCCGACUCUAAUGGAAACCAGUUUGGUGGUGACGAGUCGGAUCUGAGAUGGGUACAAAUCACCGUCAACGAACAAACCCUAAUCACCAAAUUCUCUCAACGAUACAUUAUCGACAAUGAUGUCAUUCUGAGUAAUACAGCACUACUACAACCCAACGAUGAAAUCUUUAGUGAUCCCUAUUAUGUUGCCAAACUCAAUGCAACCAAUUCAACAUCUCUCUUGGUUGUUGGAAUGUAUGUUCCCAAUUUUCAACGUAGUGCUAUUAUAGAUCCAAACUUUUCAGUUUUAGUUGUAAGUCAUCCAAAAUCUGAAGCAAAGAAAUGUAAAACUUCAACGGUUAUUACUUGGUGGGCUGCAUUGAUUACCGUUGUUGGUGCAGCGAUUGGAUCAGUUUUGUUUUCAUUUACAGUGGUUCAGGUACAAAAGAGAAGAUUUAAAAGAGAGGAUAUAUCAAUGGAAACUAUCACAGCCGAAGGAUAUAACCAAGAGAAAAAGAAUAUUGUCCAAGAUGCUGUCUGCAUAUGCGCAGGGGCCGAGUAUCUCGAAAAAAGAUGUCUCCCCAAUAUAUCGGCACGCGACCAAUGCACCAACACCUACAAGGAAACUAUCGAAACAAUAACGGAGGCGGCGGCGGCACCAACAGGAGCAGGUCAAUGGACCUAUCUCACAUUAACCUAG